ACGGUUCACAUGCAGAAAAGAAAGAAAAAAGGAAAAGGAAACGAAAAAGAACUGCUCUACUUGUCGUUAAUUGGAAGGAAACCUGAAACGUCAAUUUGCUGCAUCUCCGGGCGCUACCGACCACUUAAUCAAAACGGCCCCCGCGGCGCUUGCUCGUGUUGACACUUGACACCCUUGCUAUCGCUCUGCGAUGCUAAAUGUGCUCGAGCUGUCGCGUAUGUCCAUAAAUACUGGCCUUAAUACCUGCUUUAUUUCUUGGUCCUGCGAGUCUGGUGGCCGCUGCUAUUGACCAUCUUGUGUCAUCAGCAUUGCCUCGCCGUUGUGACUCUAAGCCCGCCCACGUUUGGCAAACAAACGACGAUUUCUUGCAAGGCAGCGGUAAACAACCAGGCUAGAUGUGGGCAAAGAAAAACAAAACCCGCGGCCGUGACCGUGACCGCAGUAUCAGCGGCCCCUCUCUCAUUGGAACAACUCGAGGCAGCUCCCCCCAAGAGACGAUCUCGAAGAGUCCAGAUCCGCCGCAGAAUAUCUCAAAGGACCUACCAGCUCUACCAAUAACGGCCAACGAUUCGGAUGCUCCCCGCGCACCACUGUCCCCAAUCCACGAUUAUCAGGAAUAUUCUCGAUAUGGCGAAGACCCUGACAUCUCUCCGCCAGACUCGCCUAUCGACGCGACAAAGGACCAUUAUUCGAUCCACGACGUGUCUCCCAUUGCCGACGAUGGCGGCCACUUCUUCGCUAGCCCUCCCACCAAGAAACUAAGUCAGAUACCAGUUUCUCGUAGACACAGUCAUGGCGCCCUGUUGAAGGAAAAUUCCCCUGGUGCAUCAGCGGGAGCCGAUCUGAAGACCAAACCAGCCAUGCGAAAGGCAAGCACACAACAAGAACCCGUGGGUGGUCCUGCUCUGCUUCAGCCGGCUAAACAGAGAUCCAAGCAACAUCAGGCUUCUCAUCUGCUUCACUCUGGAAAAGAGAAGCUCCAGAGUUUCUCCAAAACUUGGGAGCCAAAGCAACGCCCGCCUCGACAGAACCGUGAACAGUGGAAGGGUGCUAGUGGUCGUGCUCCUCUUAUGAGCCCAAUCGAAACCAGCUUACGGGCAAAGAAAGACCGGUCUCGCUCUAACUCUCCAAGUAUGGGCCAUGAUUUUGUCAAUUAUAGUUCCGAUACCUACAUGGUGACCACCAUUACUGCUGGAAACCCUACGAACGACAAGUCUUCUAAGAAAGUGCGUCAAUCCAAAUCCAAAUUAAAUUUAAGCAGCCCACCUCUCGCAGAGGAGCAAAUUCCACAGACUUCGGCGAAGCUAGGUCACAGUCCACGUGCAAGUCCAGAUUACGCCAAGGAGACAAUUCCAGAGAUUUCGUCAAAGACAAGCCAUACUCCACGUUUAAGUCCAGAUUACGACAACGAGAGUGGUAGCCAAACACCAACCAAUGACAAAAGAGAUCUCUUACCGGAGACCCCGAAAGACUUAUCUACCGUGCUCGAAGACUUGAAUCUCAUCGAUGAGCCGCGUAGUCGUUUCAGUUCUUCAACUUAUGCACCAACUGAAAUUGCCACCACUCCACCAGGUAGCGCUGGCUCUGACACCCCGCCCGUGCCAGCCAUUCCACCAUCUCCUAUCAUGACAAGACGCCGACCUGUUCCAAGCUCUGCGGCUUCUGUAAAGAGUAUGAAGCGAAAGCCAGUUGGGUCAGAAUCACCACCUCCAGAGGUCGAUCUUAAAAACAUGACCCCUCAUGACCGAGCACAAUAUCGCAUCAAUAGCUUCCAGCUUCGGUCCAACGAACUCUCCAAGCGCAAAGCGAGCGUUAAGACUAUGCUUCAUGAAUUGACCCAGGUCAUCCAGCCGAGUUCGAUUGCAUAUGAUAUGGCUACUCGCGACGAAGUCAAGAAGUCGGUCAUCUCUCUGAACAAUGAGCUAGCUGAAAUCACAAAAGAAGAGCAUGACAUAGGCGUGAAACUAAGCCGGGCUUACAGGAAGCUGGAAAGUGCAGAUGCCUAUGAGCAUAGCUCUCUGUGGGUGAAAAGCAUUACCAACUAAAUGCUCUUUCCUUGCAAUUUGGUUGUUGCCUUGUAUGUGAAGCGUUUCGAUAUUUGGCCCGUGACCUGAUUUCUGGCUUAUCAAGGUUGAUAAUGGCAUUUUGUUGUUUUUUUGUUUCCAUGCAAGCGGUCAGAUUCCGAUCUAAUACUACUCAGUCUGUUCCUGUGGUUGGCUGCCUUUGCUCGUCAAGCGUGGCGUUAUUUGAGUCGUGAUAC